GCAGGCAGAGAGCGCGGACCUGCAGCGCGGCUCGGGCUCCGCCGCCCAGAUUCUCCUCUUGGGUUCGGGCCUCUUGUUCUCGGUUCUCUCAGGCUCCGCUGCUCGGGCUCCGGCCUUUCGGGCUCCGCCACCUGGAUCUGCGGCUUGGACUUCGGCUGCCCCUGUCCCCUGAGGUAGCACUGCCCUGGGCCUGGCGCGCUCCGGGAGAAGCUCUGCGAGCUCCCGCGGGUGACGGGCGCGGGCACGCAGCAUGGCGGUGGAGGAAGAGGGGCUCCGGGUCUUCCAGAGCGUGAGGAUCAAGAUCGGUGAAGCCAAAAACCUUCCCUCCUACCCUGGGCCAAACAAGAUGAGGGAUUGCUACUGCACUGUGAACCUGGACCAGGAGGAGGUCUUCAGGACCAAAAUUGUGGAGAAGUCACUCUGCCCUUUUUAUGGAGAAGACUUUUACUGUGAAAUUCCUCGAAGUUUCCGUCACCUGUCAUUCUACGUUUUCGAUAGAGACGUUUUCCGGAGGGAUUCCAUCAUAGGGAAGGUGGCCAUCCAGAAGGAGGACCUGCAGAAGUACCACAACAGGGACACCUGGUUCCAGCUGCAGCACGUGGAUGCCGACUCGGAAGUGCAGGGCAAGGUCCACCUGGAGCUGAGGCUGAGCGAGGUCAUCACGGACUCGGGCGUCGUCUGCCACAAGCUCGCUGCUCGCAUCCUCGAGUGCCAAGGCCUGCCCAUAGUGAAUGGGCAGUGCGACCCUUAUGCCACCGUGAUGCUGGCUGGACCUUUCAGAUCGGAAGCCAAGAAGACGAAAGUGAAAAAGAAGACCAACAACCCCCAGUUUGAUGAAGUGUUUUACUUCGAGGUAACUAGACCCUGCAGCUACAGCAAAAAGUCCCACUUCGAUUUUGAGGAGGAAGACGUGGACAAACUUGAAAUUCGAGUCGACCUCUGGAAUGCCAGCAACCUCAAGUUUGGAGACGAGUUUCUGGGGGAACUGAGGAUCCCACUCAAAGUGCUGCGGCAGUCCAGCCCCCACGAGGCGUGGUACUUCCUCCAGCCACGAGACAAUGGCAGUAAAAGCCUGAAACCGGACGACCUGGGGUCACUGAGACUGAACGUGGUUUACACAGAGGACCAUGUCUUUUCUUCUGAUUACUACAGCCCCCUGCGCGACCUACUACUGAAGUCUGCAGACGUGGAGCCCGUGUCGGCAUCAGCGGCCCACAUCCUGGGUGAGGUGUGCAGAGAGAAGCAGGAGGCGGCCAUCCCCCUGGUGCGGCUCCUGCUGCACUACGGCAGAGUGGUGCCCUUCAUCAGCGCCAUCGCCAGCGCAGAGGUGAAGAGGACCCAGGACCCCAACACCAUCUUCCGAGGAAACUCGUUGGCAUCCAAGUGCAUAGACGAGACCAUGAAGCUGGCUGGCAUGCACUACCUGCACGUCACCCUGAAGCCCACCAUCGAGGAGAUAUGCCAGAGUCACAGGUGCUGUGAAAUCGACCCCGUGAAGCUGAAGGAUGGCGAGAACCUAGAGAGCAACAUGGAGAGCCUGCGGCUCUAUGUGGACCGCAUCUUCACCGUCAUCACCAAGUCAGGGGUGAGCUGCCCCACCGUCAUGUGCGACAUCUUCUUCUCCCUGCGAGAGGCAGCUGCCAAGCGCUUCCAAGAUGACCUGGACGUGCGGUACACAGCCGUGAGCAGCUUCAUCUUCCUGAGGUUCUUUGCUCCUGCCAUCCUCUCCCCCAACCUCUUCCAGCUGACGCCGCACCACACGGACCCUCAGACGUCGAGAACCUUGACGCUUAUCUCAAAGACCAUCCAGACUCUUGGCAGCUUGUCCAAGUCAAAGUCUGCCAGUUUCAAGGAGUCCUACAUGGCAACCUUCUACGAGUUCUUCAACGAACAGAAGUACGCGGACGCUGUGAAGAACUUCCUGGAUUUGAUUUCGUCCUCUGGGAGAAGGGACCCCAAGAGCAUCGAGCAGCCCAUCCUGCUCAAGGAAGGGUUCAUGAUCAAAAGGGCACAAGGAAGAAAACGCUUUGGGAUGAAGAACUUCAAGAAGAGGUGGUUUCGCCUGACCAACCACGAGUUCACCUACCAGAAGAACAAAGGAGACCAGCCCCUCUGCAGCAUCCCCAUCGAGAACAUCCUGGCCGUGGAGAGGCUGGAGGAAGAGUCCUUCAGAAUGAAAAACAUGUUCCAGGUCAUCCAGCCAGAGCGCGCGCUGUACAUCCAGGCCAGCAACUGCGUGGAAGCCAAAGACUGGAUCGACAUCCUCACCAAGGUGAGCCAGUGCAACCAGGCGCGCCUCACCGUCUUCCACCCGUCCGCCUACCUCAACGGCCACUGGCUGUGCUGCAGGGCCUCCUCCGACACUGCCGCCGGCUGUACCCCCUGCACCGGCGGCCUCCCAGCAAACAUCCAGCUGGACAUUGACGGGGACCGCGAGACGGAGCGCAUCUACUCCUUGUUCAGUCUGUACAUGGGCAAGCUGGAGAAGAUGCAAGAGGCCUGCGGGAGCAAGUCCGUGUACGACGGCCCCGAGCAGGAGGAGUACUCCACGUUCAUCAUUGAUGACCCCCAGGAGACCUACAAGACGCUGAAGCAGGUCAUUGCAGGUGUGGGAGCCCUGGAGCAGGAGCAUGCACAGUACCGGAGGGACAAGUUCAAGAAGACCAGAUACGGGAGCCAGGAGCAUCCCAUUGGAGACAAGAGUUUCCAGAGCUAUAUCCGACAGCAAUCUGAGGUCUCCACUCAUUCCAUUUGAAGUCUGUGCAGUGUUCCAGACAGGUGCCAAGCUCUGCACAGGUCACCCACGGCCCUGAGGAGCAGAGGGAGCAGAGACAGCUGGCAGUGGAGCCCUCCGCGGCCGUCAGCUCCCACAGGACCAGCCCUGGCUGCAAGGCACUUCACAUCUCCCUGCAGAACUCUUGCCACAUGCUUUCCUUGCCUGCCUGUGGUGGGUGGUCUGACCCGCCUCUGGAUUGUGUGGUCACUUGUCUUCUAGUUCCCUUUGUUCUGUGGUGGUGCAGGGGUCAGACGAAUGGUUUGGAGUGUGGACUGCCCAGUGGCCAUCCUGUCCCUCCUCUGGCCUGGCCCUGGCUGUUCUGCUGCACCACUCGACGGGAAAGUGUUGCUCCUGCUGUCCCCACAACCACAACAGAGGCCUCUCUGUUCCUGGCGCUGGCUCUGCUGCUGGCUGAAGGGCCAGUUCUGUGGCUGGGAUCCCCGUCUGAGGGUGCCUUGGCUUUGGGGGCCUGGGUCCCUCUGCAGAGCCCAGGGAGGGAAGGGCGAGAUCCAGUCUUCUCGGCUGACAGCCCAACCCCAAGUCCAAGCACAGCCUGCUCUACUGUGGGUCUGUGCUUGGAACAGAAUCCACUUGCUUGCCACCCCGUGGGGAGGUUUGGGGAAGAUUUUUGAAAUGUGCGUUUUUCAAGCCGUUUUUCUUAAUGUUUUUUUUAAGGAUCAUUUUUAAUUAGCCCUUUGAUGUAAGGUAACAGAACAUUGAAACCUACACCUUCUUAAGAGGUUUCUGCAGAGGCAGACAGCCAGGAAGUGUGGUCCCGGCUGCCUGAAGGUUUCCCCAGGGAAUGCUGCAGUUGAGGCUGCACCAGGAGGUGGCAGGGCUGCUGGGAGCUGCUGUCCUGGGUCAGGAGGGUCUGAGGCAGGAGGGCGGACCUCUCCAGCUUGAGGGCACACUGCUGCUGCAGACCCUGGCUCCCAGCCCUCCUGGGCUGUGGCGGGAGGUGCUUGGAAAGCACUGAGGUUCACGUGGACUGUCCUUGUCCAGACACUUCAUCUGGGGACAGAUGGCCAUAUUAUUUCUUUUCACAGAAGUAGUGAAGGAAAGUGAAAAAAUAAACUCUGGACACGCUCUCAGGCUGUGAUUUUUAACAGGGAUUUGUAACAAUGUUUCUGUUUAUAAAAUACUAAUGAUUUGCAAUGUAUUUUACUGGUCAAUUAAAACAGAGGUUUUAUUCUU